AUGCUCUCGGCCUCGGGGCUGCUCCCGUUGCUCUGUGCCCUGGGCUCGAGCCGGGCCAGCGGCUUCACAGAGACAGGCCUGUCCCUGCUGGGCUUCCAGCUCUGCAACCACAGCCAGACCCGGCUCGUGCCGCAGGUGGAGGCUGUGCGGACGCCCCGCCUGACCCUCGCGCCCUGCGGGGGCUGGAUCCCCUGGAGGCACUGCCCCAAGACUGUCUACAGCACCCAGUACCGGGCUGUGGGCGUGCCCGAGGCCAGGCACGUGACCGGCUGCUGCGAGGGCUUCGAGCAGCUCGGCCUGUACUGCGUCCUGCCUCUGAACCGCUCCCUGGAGUUUGCCUCCAGACCCGGGGUCUGUCCCGUGGUGGGGCGCGGAGAGGCCACCCUGUCCUGCAACCUGGACAUGGACUGUCCCGGGCUUUGGAAGUGCUGCCCCUUGCCGGGGGGCCCCGUCUGUGUGGCCCCUGAGCCUCCAGCUCUGCAGGGGGCCCCGGGCGCGUCCUGGUACAACGUGACCUUCCUGGUGAAGAUGAGCUUCUCCGAGCUGCAGCGGGUGGACCCUCAGCUCCUCGGCCACGCGCGGCUGCUGCACGCCAUGGUCAGCAGCGCCCUGCGCCCCCUGAACUGCACGGUGCACCCCCUGCACUCGGCCGCCGGGGACCCCGAGACCACGACCUCGCAGCUGCUUCUGGGCCUCGGCCGCCCGCUGCCCCUGGCCGCCGUCUCUGCCGCGCUGGACGCCGUGGUGAAGCGGGCGUAUGAAGUGAUCCACGUCGGGGUGCAAGACGUGGACGAGUGUCUGCACGCGGAGCUGUGCGCCUGCACCGGGGGGCAGCUGUGUGUGAACACGGAGGGCUCCCACCACUGCCAGCCGUCGGGCAGCCCCGCGCCAGGCUUCCCCGUGGUGGGCGGAGACACGUCCAUGUCCCUCCUUGUACUGCCCUCCCCUCUCCGAAGCCCUCAGCAGCAGCGUCACCCGCACCAGCGUCCACCUGUCCUGGGGCUGGGGUUCUGCCAGCCCCAGCCUGUGUCCAGCUGCUCCAGGGGCCAGCUCAGGAGGGCCCGGCCCCGGGGGACAGCCCUGGGGGUGGCCGGGCUGGAGGCUGGGGUCCUGCGGGUGAAGAUCAGCUGCCCAGCCUGCGGGGCCAAUGGCAUGGUCCGCAGCGGCGGCCGGCAGGGGCCCCCGCACUGGCCGCCUCCCAAGGCCACUGCCGCGCCCACCGCCCAGCCCAGCCCCCCCCAGGGGCCCACGGGCCACGCGACGUGGCAGCCCGACGGGUCUGCGCGGGUCCUGACAGCGGCCCCUCCGCACAACUGGGACCUCGGACCUCCGAGCUCCGCAGCCCCGCCCCCGGCGCCCGCCCUGCAGUCUCAGGGGCGUCCAGCCUGUGUGCCCAGUGCUCUCGGGACCGUCACCGUCUCCAACGUGACCGGCACCGGCUUCCACGUGGCCUGGGCGGCGGAUCUGGCCCCGCACCCCACUUUCCAGCUCACCCUGACUUCCCCCUGGGGGGCUCGAGAGCACCUGGAGACCCCCGACACCAAGGUCACGUUGGCGGGCCUGGAGCCCGGCGCCCUGUACCUGCUGGAGAUCCUGGCCAAGGCUUGCGGGGGAGAAAGUUCCAGAGUGCACCUGAGAGUCCGGACAGCCGCCCGCACGCUCCGAGGCUGGGUCCGCGUGGCCAAUGUCCAGUUCUCGGAGGCCCUCGGCAACUCGAGCAGCGAGGAGCACCAGGCCUUCCUGCGGCUCUUCCUGGGCACGGUGCGCGAGGCCCUGCCGGCCGCCAUGCAGGGCCACGUGGACUCGGGCCGGGUGCAGCUGCGGGUGAGCGGGCUCUCGAGGGGCAGCGUCGUGGUGGACUUCCUCCUGCUGGUCCUCGGCCCCCUGGACGUGCGCGAGGUGUCGGCGGCCUUCCUCGCCGCCCUCCGAGGCCUCUCGCUGCUGGAGGUGGCAGAGGCAGACAGCUUCAUCGGGGAUCACGACGAGUGUGCGCACGGGGACCAUGACUGCAGGCCUGGCUCCGUCUGCCACAACACCCUGGGCUCCUUCACCUGUGACUGCGCAGGCGAACCUGAGAGCCCUGUGGAGUAUUCCGGAAGGCCCUGCGAAGGUGACGCCGCUGCCCACACGACCGGGCCCCCAGAGUCCCUGCCGAGCACUGUGGGAGGAGCAUCCGGGGCUGCCCCGCGGCUGAGCCUGGCGGCGGCGGUCUCCAUCCUCUGUGAGAUCCAGAGGGUUGGGAUCGCCAUCCAGAGGCGUUUCCUGCGCCAGGAGGCCAUCCCCGAGUCCUCGCUGUACCUGGGGCAGCCGGCGUGCGGCGUGACGCAGACCAACGGCACACACGUGCUCCUGGUGGCCGGCUGGGACCAGUGCGGGACCGUGGUGCAGAGCAACCUGAGCAACACGGAGGUGCGGACCACGCUGAGGAGCGGCCCCGCGGCGGGGGGCGUCAUGCACCACCUGCGCAUCCUGAGCCCCGUGCACUGCGCCUUCAGGAACCACCUCCUGGUGUCCUCCAGCUACACCCCGCAGUGGGGGGCGGCCCCGGGGGCCGGGGACCUGCACGGCGCGGGCCGCUUCGAGCCCGAGAUGCAGGUGCUGGCGGGCGCGGCGCCGCUGCCCCCCGGCCACAGCGUGCCGGCGCGCGCGCACGUGCGGGUGCAGGUGGGGCUGCGGCCACGGCAGGCGCGGCUCCGCGUGGUGCUGCUGGACUGCUGGGCCACGCCGGGCCGGGACGCCCGCGACCCCCGCGCCUUCCGCUUCAUCAACAACAGCUGCCCGGUGCCCAGCGCCCACACCGACCUGCUGGAAAACGGCGGUUCCGACAAGGCCUGGUUCCGCCUCCGGGUCUUCUCCUUCGUGGACAACCCGCUGGUCUACCUGCACUGCCGCCUGCGCGUCUGCAUGGACGCGCCCUCCGCGCCCUGCCGGGUGGACUGCAGCGAUGUCCGAACUCUGAGGACCGGGGAUGGCAUUGCCACCCACCAGGCGUCUUGGGGACCCCUUGUUCGGGCGGAAGGAGACGCUCCGGCCGUGUGGCCCGGCCUGGGGACCAGCUCCCUGGUCCUGGCUGCGGUGGCCGCCCUGGCCGCGGUGACCGGGCUGGCCGCGCUCCUUGUCCAGCGCUGCCGGAGAGUGACCAGCGGGUACCGCCUCAAAGUUCCGCCCAGUGGCUCCGGCUACCAUGAUGUCUGCACGUAGGGCCACGCGGAGCAGGGGCUCCGAGAGGCGUAGGCCGCGCCCGAGUGACCAGGAAGGUGGACACCGCCCUGCUCUGGGGUCUCAUCCCCCCAAGCGCGGCCAGGCAGGAGUGCCCGAGGAAGGCCGGUCCCAGAAGGCGGAGCCUAAGGAAGGAGGGGACAGAAUCCGGGUGACCUGCCUGCCCGCCCCCGUGCCCUCCUGCCCAUGACCCGCCUGCCCGCCCCACCCCCGCAAUAAAGACGAUGCGUCCAGG